AUGGAAGAUGUUCUCACGACCAGCGUUCCGUUCAAUGAAACGGGUUCUUUCGACCGCUUCGUAUUCGGAUGGGUCGAUUACACGUGCUUCGGUUUGCUGUUACUCGUCAGCGUCCUGAUCGGCCUGUACUUCGGCAUCUACACCAAGCAAGACACUCCGAUUGAGUACUUCCUGGGUGGUAAACGAAUGAAAAUCUUCCCCAUUGCGAUGAGCGUUGCUAUCAGUAAUAUUGCAGGAACCGCCUUGUUGGGUAUACCAACGGAGGUCUUCUUUUACGGUUCACAAUUCGCGAUGUGCAUAUUGACAGCAAUCUUCGGAGGCAUAAUCACCAUUUAUACCCUCUUGCCGGUAUUUUACAAGCUGCAACUAACCAGCGUAUUCGAGUACCUGGAGCUUAGGUUCAAUAAGUCGGUCAGGACCUUCUGUUCUCUGCUAUUCACCGUCUCGCUUUUCAUAUAUGUACCCGUCGUCAUUUACGCACCUGCCCUAGUUUUCGCGCAAGUCACCAAUUUAAAUCUCCACGUAAUCACGCCAGUGCUCUGCAUUUCGUGCAUCAUUUACACCACUAUCGGUGGUUUAAAAGCGGUGGUAUGGACAGACACUAUGCAAAUUGUUGUAACUACAGUUGGACUCAUAACGGUCCUAACGCUGGGAGUAGAAUCCGUCGGCGGUUUGGGAGAAAUGUGGAGAAUUGCUGGAGAAAACGGUCGUCUUGUUUUUUUCGAUAUGAAUCCAAGUCCGUUCGUGAGAAACUCGUUUUGGAUUACGGCUUUCGGUUUAUUAGGAACAUGGCUGGGUCAUCUCUCCAUUCAUCCAGGAAUGGUGCAACGAUAUCUGGCGGUACCCACAGAAAAGGACGCGAAGCGUGGUUUGAUAAUUGGUUCGAUGACAAUAGUCCUCUUGCAAAUAAUGAGCGUGUUUACCGGAUUAGCUACAUUCGCCAAGUAUUACAAUUGUGAUCCCAUCCUGACAAAGACGGUAAAACGGCCCGAUCAGAUCACACCAUAUUACAUGAUGGACGUCGUUGGGCACCUGGUGGGACUUCCAGGAUUAUUCAUAGCGAGCCUUGUAAGCUCCGCGCUCGCAGUUAUGAGCACCAAUUUGAACACUAUAUCCGGCACGGUAUACGAAGAUUUAGUAUGUCCAUGGCUUCCGGAUGAUAUGAAGAAAAAGGAAAACGUAGCCACUAACUGUAUGAAGGUAAUCAGCGUUAUAUGCGGCAUGAUCGCCGUGGGCCUAGUCUUCAUGAUCGAGAAGUUGGGCACAGUCUUUGAGAUGGGUUUGAGCAUGCGCGCAGUGUGCGACGGGCCCAUGUUGGGUCUCUUCUUUCUGGGGACUAUGGUGCCCUGGGCGAACGCAAAGGGUGCGAUGGUGGGCGGUAGUUUCGGUAUGGUCAUCAUGGUAUGGUUGGUGGGAGGUGCCCAAUGGAAAAUAGCACAGGGCGAAAUCAAACACCAUACACUGCCUACAUCGGUGGAGGGUUGCCCGUACCCAUUAAACGAAACUCUUUUGAUGGCAACCACGAUAACUCCUGCCGCAUCGGACAGCAAUGACGAGCCAAUGAUACUGUAUCGUAUCUCUUUCAUAGCCUUUGGCACCGUAGGAGCCUUGAUUGCCAUCAUGACCGGCACCAUCGCGAGCUACUUCUUCGGCGUCGACUUGGAGAGCGUGGAUCCCGAUCACAUCGCGCCGUUGAUGAGAAGGUACGUGAAAGAUGGAACCAGCAGGCUGUACUUCCUGGAAAUGACGUCGCCGAUGCAGAGGAGCUUGCUAGCGCUAACGGUGCUGACGGUGAUCGGCCUGGCGAUCUUCCUGCUCGGUAAGCGGCUCGCGCUGGAGACUCGAAGGAGGGACAGCCUGCUUCUCGACAUGAUCGCGAACAUCAGCGGCAACCUGGACAGGCUGGACACCGGCUUCGACAACAUCUCCGCGCAGACCGGCGUCGCGAGGAAACGCCUGCGGCAGCUGGUCGCGCUCCACCGGGAGAAUCUCUUCGUGUGCGCGGCGCUCGGCAGAAAGACGGCCGCGAGAAGGCCGCGGAGAAGACGGCGCUUCGCUGGGACGCGAUGACGGGCGCAGCAACGGCUCGCGCCGAAAGUGUUGGUAAAUCGAUGGCGCAGCUCUCGAUAGCGACGGACGCACCAUUCGAUCGACUCGAAUCCGAUCCCUCCCCUUUUACCGAGCAUUGUGAUUCUUUGAAGCGUCAACUGAUUCCGAUGUUACGUCGAUGUUAUAAUCCCCCGCGAAAUCAUGUCAGUGCAGCAUAUGUAACAGUUAUAUCGUUGAGCGGGAGGUUACAAUGUUUCGUCCUCCCCGAAAUCCUACGAUUUUUGUCUGAAACAUUUUUUUCUCGUACGAGGCGUAGGAGAAAAACGUAUUUGAGUAGAUAACUUGAACCGCCCUGUAUAAUGAUUAAAAUUGUCUCGACUAGUAGGUGAUAAUAAAUUGUAAUAAAUUGUAAUUCAUGAUCAAAAAGGGUCACAAAGUGCCUGCACGAGCACUUAGAGAAAGAAGAGAACCAAUUUUUCGCGAGUGAACAAACAAUCGAUUUGGAUAAAUAAAUAAAUAAAUAUAUAUAUAUAUAUAUAUGCGAUAUACGUGCGCAUCGAUCUAACAGAUAAAGAAACGGCAGACAAAUGAAUUCUGUACUUAGUAAGACAAUCAUCCAUGAACAAAUCGAUCUUUUGCUGCGAGAAUGCACGUAGCGUGGAGCACAUAUCUUAGAUAGUAGAUUUGAUCUAUUUUCAGCGACUAGGAGAAUAGAAAAUAAGUCGGUGGGAAACUAAAUGUUCAAGGUGGGGUCCAAUUAACGAUAUCGCAAUCACAGAGACGCUUGAAAGCAGUAAUUCAGGACGCGACCGCGAUCGAACGGGCGCACGCGAGUCGUCGCGCAAAAUAAUGAUCGUCGGUAAACGAGCAGCAUAUUUAGGAGGACGGAAAAUCGAUUGUCCGUAAAAUCGCCGAAAAUGAUACAUGGUAUUCCGAGAAUUCAAUUGUGCGAUCGAGUAUCGUGUGUUACAUUUCCGUUAUCACUCGCGAUAUCCUAACGAUUAGCACACUGCAUUAGAAAUAUCUGUUAAGUGAAUGUAUGUACUUUGCCUUUUUGUAGAAUCGUGUACACAGGUCGUUCCAGGUCGGAAACCCCAGCGAUUUCUUUCUUCGCCGAGAUUUUCCCCGAGGUUCAUAUAUCAAACACGAAGGUUUUCUUCUCCCCUUGAAUGGAAAAAAUGUGUCGCCUAUAAGACACACGUGCGUGAUAUUUUUAUUCGGAGAGAUUCUAUUUCAGACGCGUCGCGGAGGCUAUUCCCAUGAUAUUCGCGUCACAAACACACACACACACACACACACAUACAUACACAGACCUGGGGCGUCCUAGCGUUUUCUGGAAGAUUCGAUGGAUUGAUAGUUAGGGGAUGAUUUUCAUCAAGCUCCGAUUAAAUACAAAUCGAUGAGUAAUAAUAAGAAUUACCAAUUCCCAGUUCUGUGCAACAAUUUGUCGUUCAACAAUAAUCAACAAAUUCGUAAUUACGGUCUGCGAGAUAGAACAGGUAAUAUUUACACGGAUAAAAAUAUUUUGAAGAGGCAACCAAUUUUUUAUGCUGUAGUCACUUUUUGCGUAGCAAAUAAAUAUAUAGGAUAGUUUCUUUAAUAAUCUAAUAUUUUAAAAUCCUUUUAUGAGGAAAAGUUUGCAUGAACAUAUUUCUGUAUCAAAUGACUUCAAAAAUCAACUUGUAAAAUAUUGGAGGUUAUUUAAGAAAAUAAUAUAUAUUUAUUUCUUCGCUACAACGUACAAUUUGCUGCACUGAGAAAAAAAUGAGAAAAUCAAUUAAAUCUCGCUUAGACAAACGAUAUUCUUUCAAGCGUUUAGUCUACUGAACACAUUAUAUGGUUGCUGUAAUGAGUUUUUAAUUGAUUCAUAAAUUGCGCGAUUCGGUUAGCAACUAUAUCAGUGUAACGUAUUGUUGCGCGCAAUUUGUUCAGUGGAUACAAUAUUUUCUUGAGCGAGGGCGAUUUUGUCGACCGCUUUUCUCUCAUUGUAUCUCUCUGAAAUAUUUUUCUCCGUGUCAUUGACAGCAAUUUCAAAUCGUCCGUUAACUUAAUCGGUGUUUGGCGAGUCAUUCUUAGAGCCAAUUUCACAACCUCCGGCUAACUUAACCCACUGUUUUCCAUUGACCAAUUGCAUUUGUCGUUGAGCAGAAUUGAAUCAGAAAUAACCAAUGACGGUUGAUACUUAAUUGGUUAACCAGAGGCUGUGAAACUGGCCCGACACACAUGCGUGUGGUAUACACAAUAUAUACCCACUAAGCAAGAAACAUUGAAUCAAUCUUUUAAAACAUUGAUUUUACAAAUGGAUUUUAUAAACAUUUUGACACAA